AUGAUCCAGGCCUUCCCGCCUAGUAAUGCAGGAGGCCAGGCCGCUGUCCAGCAGCUCGAGUCGCAGAAUACCCCGUUGGCGCUUCCGGGCUACACGCCACAGCACCAGCAGCAGUCGCAGGCCAUGACCGACUCUCCUCCCCCCCAAUACCACCCUCCCAGCGCGGAGCAAGCAAGCUCCAAUGACAUGGAGGUAGACAGCGUUGGCAGUGACACGCGCUCGAGACGCGGUACCAGUGUCAUCUCCAUGGACGAUAUUGAGGCCGCUCAGGCUCUAGAAGGGCUACGCUCAGAAUACACGCAUACUCCUGCUCCUUCAAGGUCUUCUAAUAACGCUACCUCUCAAGCUCCGGAAACCACAGAGCCAGAGCCGUUGUUAUCCCUUAUCACAUCACACCCGUUGCUCUCGUCCGCAAUCAACAGCUCAAUGUCGGUCUAUACGUCGUCCAAAACAUACUCUCCCAAGUUCAGAUACGGCGCCGAGUUCAUUGAACGGAACAUUGGCCCCCAAGUUCUGAACACGGUGGGCUCGGUUGGCAGGCGGACCGGAGUUGAAGGCGGCCUCCGCUGGGCCCUUCAGCGUAGGGAGAGCGUCAACAACAAAUCCAACGCCAACUCCAGUUCCAAUAGCAAUAGCCAGGCCGCAGAGACAGCAGACAUCGAGAAAGGCAUGCACGACCUCCGAACCAGCCAUUCAAGACGGUCAUCAACCCUUUCGUCUGAACCCCUACCACCUUAUGAUAACGCUUCUUCCCCGAAAUACGACGAGCUGUACAAGGGUAAUCAACAGCCCCAGCAGCAGUCUCAGACCCAAUAUUCCUGGCAAAACCGGCUCAUGAUAUCCACUUCGGGUCUCGGAGUAGCAAUGAGCGAAGAAUCGCUCAGAAGCUUGACCUAUUGUCUCACCUGGCUGCAGUGGGCAAACAGGCGGAUCGGGGCGUCCGUGGGCAGUCUCAAGGAGGCACUUAGGGAGUGGGACACUUCUAACCAGCUUAAUACGGAAAGCAGGACAAGUGAAGAAGGCAGUCAGCAGCAAAGCCCUGCAAUACUCUCACAGCAAAUUCAGCAGGUCAAAGGGGAUGUCCUGCAGACGUUGAAGAUGGUGGUCGACGUUGUGUCCAAGUACGCUGGUGGAGCCUUGCCCGAGAACGCCCGCAACCUCGUCCGAAGACACCUCACAUCUCUACCGCAGCGGUUCCGUAUUGCGUUCAACUCCAACGUACCGGCAGAUGGCUCUGCUCCUGAAUCUGAAAUGAGAACAAGGGCUUUCCGUGUCCUCGUGCUGGCUGAAGAAGGCCUUGAUAUGAUGGGCCAGGUUAGCAACGUCGUAAAUGAUACUCUCGUCAGCGCCGAAAACUGGUGUGAUACACUACGACGACCGAGGCCAUCUGCAAGCAGCAGCAGCAACAACAACAACGAUAAUAAUAAUACCAACACACAAAACAUGCCACAACCUCCCCCUUUCGAUAGUGACCUGGACCGCAAGGUUCCUAUCCCCAUGCCAGCUCAACGAGAAGACGUGGAGAUGGAUGGUUAA